AUAACAUUCUAAAAGGAAAUAAUUGCAAUGAAUGAAAUCGGAACGAUGGAAAAUAAAGCUAAAGCAUACUGUUACUCGAAUUUUUUUCGAAACGAUACUAUUAGAUUGAAAGUAGUAGGUAUUAUAAACAGUAUUGCUUUCCAGAAAGCUCGAAUAUGCGCCGAAAAGUUGUAUCAGCAUUUAACAUUUAAAUUUGCAACUCCGCAAAUUAUAGAAAUGUUUCAAGUCGAUUGGUAUGAGUAUAUUCUAGAAAGAAAAAGGAAAGUUGGUGGUAAAAUGUGGUCGCUGAAGCGAACCGUUGCAGUCUUUAUAGAUGAUAAAUUCCUCGGUAGCGAUGACGAACUUUUACGGUAUAUAAGUGAAUCCUAUAUUUUUAGUUUACCUGUUGGCAUGGAAUAUUAUGAAAACCUUGCCAUGGAACAGUGUAAAUUAUUUAUGGAGAAAUCGAAGAGAAAAUACGUGUAUUUUACAUUUACUGUAAACGGUUGUACAAUCGGUUCUUUUAUGUUUAUGUUGUACUCUGAUUUGUUACCAUUGACUUGCCAAUAUUUUUUAAAUCUUUGUACUGGAUACGAUGCUGUAACAAAGUGUUAUAAACAGUCUUAUUACAUAAACAUGUGUGUACAUCGCAUAGUAAAAAAUGGGUGGAUUCAAUGUGGAAGCAAACUGAAAUGUGAAAAUACGACCCCUAUAUACGACACUAUUACAAUACCUGGCGAAUCUUAUUGCAUUCCUCAUAACCGUCGCGGAGUCCUUUCACUGAUAAAUGAUGGAAAACAUUGCAAUGGAUCUCAAUUCUUUGUAUGCUUAAAGCCUAAUCCAUGGAUGAAUUAUUACUACGUUGCUUUCGGACAACUCGUGGAUGGAGCUAAAACGUUGGAAACAUUAGAAAAUAUAUCAACAUACUAUGAACGUCCUUCGAAAGAAAUAAUAAUUUCAGACUGUGGCGAAUAUCUUUUCGGAGAUGAACCUAAGAUGGAGAUAGAAUCAAAAAUUUUUCUUAAACACGAGCCAUCGUUAUACGUGGAAGGAGAAGACGUGAAAUAUAUUGAUGGUGGCUUCGAUUUUUAUUCCAUUAUAUCGUGGCUUGAUAAUAUAGUAGAUAAAAUAGAUCUUCGAGAUACAGCUUCGGUUUUGAUGGCAGAACGAUAUUUAAAUGGUUUUUAUUGUCUUUCAUCUGAUUAUAUGACACAUAUGGAUAUGCAUAUCUAUGAAGAAAUUCAUUUAAUUCCAAAACGUAGCUAUGAAAGUACAACUGAAGCUAUGCUUCGUCGGUUGUUACUGCAAUUUCAUCCAAGUGAAAUGGGCACAGAAGAAAAAUCAAUGUUCAUUUCGGAAAUUUCUAAAAUAAUUCUGGCUUAUAUAUUUUGCUAUAAAGACAACAAAUUUUGUUUGAAACACAUAUCGACCAGCACUCGUGAAAUUAUACACAAAAUAUUAGAAAUUGCACAUGAAAUAUCAUUAAAAGCUGUCGGAAAAAUCGAAAUUGCCCAGAAAUGUAAUAACUUGGAUAUUGCUAACAUAAUUCAGACAAAGCAAAUCGAAACCGGCUUACUGAUUUCGGAAAAUUGUAUAUCAUUAUUGCAAGUUAUCUUAAACGAGAGCAUACUGUAUCUAAUGAGAUCUUCCGCCGUGCAAGAGCAAUGAAACACAAAGGAAAAACUGAGAAUAACACUGUAUUUUACAUUAAUGUAUAAAUGUGUUACGCUUUAUAGUUUCACUAUCCCAUUUUAACUUUGUACCAACAAUUGUAAUUCAUAGAAAACAUUAUUUAUUUUUUAUGAAGACUUGUACACGCAAAAUAUUUUUGAUAUCACAUAACUUUCUAAAUAGUGCACACUGCCUACAAAUUAUAAAUAAGUGUAAAGUAUAACUUGAAUAACUAAUACCUUUAAGGGAAAUGUAUCGUAUCAUUGCUUGAUCUUAGAAAACAGUCUUUUUCCACGCCCUCUGCUAGACGUUGUCUUUUUACCGGAACCCUUCGAUUUUUCUUCGGGAGGAGAACUUUUCUCGUGAAGAGCACUGUACAACAUUCGCGCUUCAUUCUUGUUCCCUAUCAUCUCCGUAAGUUCUUCCUACGAAAAUAAACAAGACUUCUAUAGAAAGAUGAAAAGAUCGAUGUAUCGUUACAUACGUGUACCGUUAGCUGGAACACAUACUUUUGUAAGUUUGUUAAGAUGAUCUAACGAUUGUCCAUUGUUCAAAAUUGAAUAUAAAUUUUUGGUAGUUACUCCUGGUAAUCUAGCGAUAAAAUCUUGAAUACGGGCGUUAAAUUUUUCUAGUUCCAUAUGCUUACUAUCCUCGAUUCCAAUCUGGGCAGCUUUAAUUGCAUCUGGUUGGCAUUUUCCUAGCUACGAUUUUUCAUUCACAAUUAACAGAAACGAAAUUAACCGUAUAUUAUUUUGCGAGAAUUCUAACCGUAUUACCUUCAAUUCUUCAAAUAAUUGCGCUGUUGCGUGAGGACCAGGCGACCAUACAAGCUUUAAUCGUGGAAAAUGUAAAGUCAGCAGUUGUAGUUUAGAAGUUAUAAACAUGUUUUGUACAUCUUUACUAGCAUAAUAAUGUCCCUGUAAUUACGAAAUUCCUUUCUUUUUUUUUGUCUUUGAUGAAUUCAAAAUAUUUCGUAUUUGCAACAAGAAAAUAACGUAUUUACCUGAAAACAAAAUGGUUUGUUUGGAUCAAAUUCUAUUAAAAGCAUUGGUUUGGUGUAAUGUCUCGUCAUGGAAACAGCCUGGUUGUAUAAUCUUCCGCUAUUUAAUGAGCCAAUUAAAUCAGAAAUACUUUUCCUUUCUACGCACAUUUCUGGGGACAGAAUGUAAUCGCCAACCUAUAAAUCGCAAAUAAAAAGAUAGGAAUUCAAUAGAGUUUGACUUUGAAAAUCAUUCAAAUGAAACAUCAUGAAUCCUUCUCAUAUACCUGUAAUGUUACAGGUUCUAUUUUGAUGCCUCUCGUAUGAAGUAUAGCAGGAAGUUCACUUCUGAAUUCCCGCAUAUCGACUAUUACGGUGUUAACAACUUCAGUCGAAGGUAAUCCACCUUUACGCGUAUUCUCUUCAGUUUCCGAAUUUGUCUGCACCGCAAGAUUCAAGUAAUCUUGCUCGUCAGGGAAAACCAUCGUCUGAAACGAGAUGAAGACAUGGUACAGCGAAGACAAAUGGAGGAAAUGAACAGAUCGAUGCAAGUGAUAUAUAGUGAUAUUACAGUUUUUGCAUUGAUCAAUGUGUGAAAUGCUUCUUUCUCUUGCCUAAGCGACGUAAGAUAUUCUUGUUCUUCCGCAGAACCUCCAUAGAUUAAAAAGUAUACUUUCAAAUCUAUCGACGGGUUACUAUUUUGAUAAACCUAAGGAAUAAUAUUGGUUUACACGCAUAAUUACUCUUUGUUCUUAAUUGGGGAAAUUUUUCAAUUGUUCUUUAUACGCACUUCGAUUUGCCGCACAGCGGAAAUAUCAGCCACGUACAUAAUAAUAUUUCUUGGCAUAUGUUCUGCCAAAGUACGUUGUAAAGACAUCGGGUCUCCGGCUUUCUUCAAAGAUUGUAUUAAAAUGAUAGGUGUAUCCGUUGUUAUAUUCGUUAAAUCUAAUUCUCCCAUCUACGGAAUAUUAUACUCUAAUUUAAUCAUAUGAAAUUCUAUCAUUUUUAUCGCUACUAAAUAAUUCAAUAUGAAUUAUUACUUGUGAGCAUUCCUCAAAUAAAGUUUGGUGUUUAUCUUUCUCUUCCGUUGAAGUAGGUUCACUUUCUUGAGAAACAUUUUGAGAUAACGUUAACAUGUACAUGUCUUGUUCAUCCUCGUCUGUAUUAUCGUUACUUUUCUCUUCCGAAGAGGAUUCUUUUUCAGCACUUUUUUCACUAAUGAAAUAAUUUCAUAUAAUUCAGCAUGGGGAUUGGAUUAUGGUUUUGUCAAUUUUUUGAUUUUCCAUUAAUUACUUACCUUGUUUGCUGUAUCUCUUUAUGAGAAAGUUUCUUCAAAGCCUCAUAAAGUAAAUACUCGUUGGCGCCCAUGGUUAAGUAAUUUCUUAACUGGUAACAUAUAUUACGAUUGUGUGUUAUAAUAAGAAUUUUUUCAACAUCUUCUUUAUCUUUUCUCUCUUUAUUUUGAUGUUGAAUUUCCAUUAAUAUUUCUGUCAAAGCGAUCCAUUUAGGAUUCGGCUCCGGUUUUAAUUCUACGCACAGAAAAUGGUAAAAUGAUUAUCGUGUCAAGAAAAGUAGUUGAAAAGCUUUCUUUCCACUAGAAACGCUUAGUAGACUCUUACCGCCAGUUUUUUCAUUGUAAACCCUGUCCUUUGCAUUUUUGAAUAGUGUAUCCACAGAAUCUAACAUUAACCAACCACUGUUUUUUACAGCGUAUUCCAUUGUGCGCAAACGAUUCAACAUCGAAUAAAACGACACACAAUCCUCGUAUGUCAAACAACUGCACAGUUUAAUACACAACCAUUCUUUAGUAAAUAGAAAAUGCAUUUAUUUAACGAUGAGGUAAAUAAAUAAAUACUUACGCGAGGAGAGCUCUUAAUGUUUUUAAAUCGGAUAGUAAUUGUUUUGUAGUUGAACUAAGCUGAUGCCACAUAGGAUCUAACUGUGACUGUAACUGCUUGUGAAACUUUCUAGCAAUCGCAUUUUCAGUGUUCAAUUCUUCUAAAUCCACCUAUAAAAAAGAAUUACAAUUAAAUUGUAAAAUCAU